GAGACGACGAGCUCCCCAGUGUUGAGUUUUCGUUUCAACUUACGAGUAGUAAAUUAGUUGCUAACCGGAGGACGGUGAUACGUGACGGAAGGCCAAUUCGGUGCGGAAAUUUAAUAGAAAAAGUUUCGAUCCAGCUAGCUCUCGAAUUGUGCAACAGGUUUUUGCUUUCCUAGCUUCGUGAGGUGUGUGCGACUUCAAUCGCAAAGGCGGUAACUUUGCUGGAACUUCGAAGUUCUCGCAUAGGUGUACCGUAAUCGCGGAAUUAACAUCGUCGAUACCCUGAGGGUGGUGCGCUUGAUUAUAAGUGGUGUCAGUAUUAUGCUGGAAGGAACUAAGUGCAAGCUGAAAUCGAUUGAUUCGGUGUAAAAUUGGUAAUAGCCAAGAUUUUCCCCCAAGUGCAAAGUGUGUUUCUCACGAUAAUCGCUAGGACGGCCCGCAAGCGGGCGUUUACCGUUCGAGAAAGUUGCCCGUCGUCAUUUGUCUGUUUGGAGGGGGGGGGACAUCGCUGACCAUUGGAGGGGGGGACACAUUGCGGACGAAAUCGACAGCCGCCGCGAGUGCGAGUGUGCGAAUUUUUCUCGGCUACACUAAACUCUGUCUUACAUGACUGACUGUACCGGACGACAAGAUCCUCCCAAAGUCAAUUACAACGGCGCAAUCGAACCUCUAACCGUGGUUAUAUUGAAGCUCCGCCAGUAUCUACUGCGACGGCAUCAACCGCAUGCAUUCUUCAAGGAAAGUGUAACAUGACCGAGAAGAGAAAGUGAGACGUUUGUGUCUGUCUGUACAUAUUUUUUUUUCUCGAGAGGAAAGUUGUUUUGUUGUUGUGUACACAUUGGAAGAAAACGAGCUUUGUUUUCUAGAAGCGAGUGUUUAAACGGAAGCUGUUUCUGAAACAAGUCACCAGCAGUGGAAAAGUUGCUGUGCAAGGAGCGAUACAAUAGAACGAAGAGUGCCAGUGAAAGCUCUUUUUCCGGAUACCUAAAAAUAGAUUUUCUCGGCAGAUUCUCGACUGGGCGAAAAAACGAGCUGUGGCGACUCGUUCCAACCUCUAUGGAGUUUCAGCUAGACAGCGCAGAAUACUGCCAGGCACAACACAAAUAAACUACACGCCCCCCGUUGUGGCACGCGCCCAAACCAUCGUUUCCCGUCGAAAAGCUGUAGCUGCAGUUUGCUGAGUAGCCCCUCGUUUGUUGUUUUGUUUUGGUUUUUCGGAGACAGACGUGCAGCGCCCUAAACAAAAAAAAAAUAGGACGAGAGUGCGAGUGAGAGAGAGAGAGCAGCGUGUCCGCCUAGGGAGAGAGGAAGAGAGCAGAGGAAGAGGAAGGCCCCGGGAAUUCAGAGAAAGAAAGAAAAACUAACAUCAGAACUUUUUGUGGAUAAAGAUCAAGUGAAAGUUUUCUAUUUUUCGCGCCAAAUCGAGUAGCUAAACGAAGAGAGUAAGGAAGUGGUAUUCAAUAUCGGGCAAAUUAUCGUAAAAGUGUUAUCAGCGUGUCCAUCUCGAGAGCAAACAAAAUAUUGUGACAGAGAGCAAUCAGCAGGAAUUUGAUAUAUAUAGAUUUGACUAGAGCACACUAUCGCUUAACGGUGUGUUGUUCCAAAGGUUAAACUAUUACGUUCGUACUUUUUGUAUUCGCCUUUAUUCUACAACCAAUUCGGUUACCUCGAAAUACUUAACGGAACGGUAAACGGAAUUUGUCAACGUCGGGAUACAGAGUCGCACAUUCACACAACGUAUUUUCUUCGUGAAGCUAUCAACAACUACUCACGGUUUUCACACAUUUCUUUUGAAUUGUUCGUUUGUACGUGUUGAAGCUGUUCUUAUAUCUGCCACCUAAACGAACAACAAUUGGCGGAAACUCAGCUGCUGGAUAUAAAUCUGAUUAAGACUGUCUAAAUUCUAACAACUCAGCGGGUAUUACUUACAGCGCCCGUCAAAGGCUAUCACUAACUGCAAAAAAACAACAACAACUUCAACAUCAUAACAUAAACGUGCAUAAUCACACACAGCACACCGAAGGAGAGCUCAGCUUUUGUGCCGCAACGGAAUAUUUAAUGCAAAUUAUCAUCCACACCCGUGUCGCAUCCUAUCAUCGUAUCGUCUAGUUGUCGUCUAGAAGCACAUAACACAUCGUAAGGGGAGAGAGAAACCUCUGUCCGCGCCCUACACUUGGUGGAAGCAAACGUAAUUAUCCUAAAUUGAAUGCCCGGCCGACGGCCUACGGAGAGAGAAACGAAGAAGUUAGCAAAUUAACUACCGAGAAAGGAGAAGGGUACCCAACAGCACACAGUAGAGCGCAGCGCACUGACAAGUAUAAGAUCGAUCACCUUCAUUGCAACCUUCCAGGGCGAGAAACAGCACACGAACUGAGUCACAGUGCCGGUGUUUACACACGAGAACCGUACAGGGAAAAGAGCAUCUCUCCCUAAGAGGUUGCCCCCGACGAGAAGAUACAGUCUGCCGGCGCCACGAGCAACAAGUCUUCAUCGCGGACUCUAAGUUGCUGUAGUGUUGAUCCUCCGAUGGAAUAUACGACGCAGUACUGAGCAAUAACUUGUCUUCGACUGAACGGAAGAGAAAGGAAGCAGCAAAAUCGGGAAGUGAUCCUCACCAACCGUGUGUGUAAUCGUUUGAUUUGGUCGCUGAAGUACAAAAGAAUCAGCGCGGAAAGCAAAUAUUCUAUAAUUUGUGAUAUAGUAUACAUCAUAUUGUUUUUUAAAAGAAAUUGGUUUUAAUCUCGGUGAAUCAGCGCAGUCAGCUCCGGAGGAGUGUGGAGUAAUUUUAUCUUGGGGGAGGAAGUGGAAAAAACCAACCAGCGCGAAUCGUCACGAUAAGAAGAACAGUUGGUACCUACUACACCUAGCUCUAGAGCAGGGUUGUGUUCAACCGCACUAUUUCUCUCUGCCGCCGAGCAUCCCCUGUUGACUUUCGAAUCGGUGGAUAUCGUUUAAUGACAACCGUCAUCAUGCGCCAGAAGGACAUCAGACCAGCGCCGGCCCGGAUCGAAUUCAAGGGCAUGAAGUUCCUGAUCACUGACCGUCCGUCGGAUCACAACAUCCAUUCCUAUAUAACGGAGCUCAAAAAGAACAACGUCUCGGUGGUGGUUCGCGUGUGCGAGCCAAGCUACAAAAUCGAGGAGCUCGCCAACAAGGGCAUCGUGGUGCGUGAUCUUGCCUUCGAAGAUGGAACUUUCCCGCCCCAGAAUAUUGUCGAUGAGUGGUUCGAAAUCCUGAAGCAGAACUUUCUGUACAGGUUCCAGGAGGAUCCGGAGGCGUGCGUGGCGGUGCACUGCGUGGCUGGCUUAGGCCGAGCGCCGGUUCUGGUGGCACUAGCGUUGAUUGAACUAGGACUUAAGUACGAGGCAGCUGUUGAGAUGAUUAGAGACAAAAGGAGAGGUGCUAUCAAUGCCAAACAACUAUCAUACUUAGAGAAGUAUAAGCCCAAGUCACGACUAAAGCACAAAAAUGGUCAUAAGAAUUCGUGCUGCGUGCAAUAAAACUAUCAAAAAUCCCACCAGUUAAAGUGUUCAUUUUAAACAAAAUUUGAAACGAGAAAGAAAGCCGACAGAGAGCAGGACAUAACCAGACCACAAACCGACGCGCUAGUUUUCGUGGAAGUGAGAAUCCAAACCCCGCAGGGGCAGAGGAGGAAGAAGUGUUAGGAUGCAUGCAAGGUGGUGUUACUAUUACAACACACAAACAGAUCGGCAACUUUACCAAUGCUUUAAGUAACAGAGAGAAAACAGAAGCUAGCUACAACACAACAGAAACACUUAACAACACACGAGAGGAGAAAGUAACGAGACGGACAGGAAGAAAGAGAGAGAUUAGAACUAGGUGAACUGUAAGGCAAAUUAUAUAUACACGUAACAAGAGAAAAAAACUAAAUAAAUAACUGCAUAUAAAACUAGAAAAAAGGAAUAAAAUCCCAAUAUUGUAUGAGUAUAUAAAUUAUCGAAACACACACACAAUCGUAACACUUUUUUAAAGCGCCAAAACUGAGGCGACUCCAACAAAGAAAAAAAGAGGAAAGUAUCAUCAAUUGUGCGUAGGGGGUGGCGGAUAUGUAAAUGGGAGGCGAAAGAGGAUAUUUUGUCGCAAACCGGGAUUUGCUGCACGUGGUGUUGUUUCUGACACCGAUUGAUCACCAAUUAACAAACAGACUGCAGAACACACUAUAGAUAUGAUAAUUUAGUCAAAUUAUUACAGAUGAAGAAAAUGAGAGAGUGAUAGGCGGAUAGGUAACGCAAAUUUUGUAAGCUUAUGUUUUAUUAAGUGCCAAUAGCCAGGUUUUUUUGUUGUUUUCGUGCGUUUAAAUUUACCAGGUUGUGGUCGAACACAUACAAAUGGAUUGAAGGAAAGCUUGUGCAAUAAUAGCCACUGGAUCGGGGAACAGAUCGAUUUUUAAACUAGGGAAAGGGAGUAAACCAUACAGCAAACACACUGAGUAGAUAAUCAUCAGAUAUUGAUGCAACAGGAGGCGGACGAGUGCGUGGAUUGGUUGGAUUGUGAGAUUUUUGGCUGAACGGAAGGAGGAAAUACACGCGCAUGAUUUGGAAUUGACCUAAUAAGGCAUAAACUUUGAGGAGAUGUGCUGUUUUCUGAAGGUUUCUGAACGAAUUUCACAAACGCUCUUUUGGAAAUAAAAUCUUAGGCUGAGGGAUCAAAGAAUUUGAUGAUUCUUAACCAAGUUAUUUGCCCUGAAUGCAUUGCUGGACAUGCAGCCGACACUUUUAUGCUUUGAAACUUUCUCGAGCUCUGUUGGCCAUAAUCUGUCCGGAUCAGGGCUUGGAAAUAUUGAGCUUGUUAAGUAAUAUUGAAAACAUAUUUUUAACAGUGUAACGCGUUUAUUUUGCUUGUCGAUGCUGCUGUCAUUCAUUCGAUGUCAAACAAAUUUGGAACUGUGUUCAUUCAUAUUUAUUUUGUACUAUCUGAGCUUUCCUUAUAGUUCGAGUUAUGAAAAUUCAUUUCCAUUUAUUCAUUACCAUUGAAUUUCCAGGAAUGUUGUGAAUGUUCAUUAUCAAUAUCCCGAUAAGUGUGUGAUUUCACAUUCACAACUAAGGAUUGUAUAGGCUCGGACGGCGAGGAAGCAUUCUGCCGAAUCGAUCCGAGUAGCGAAUGCAAAUUUCGUCAGCCAAAGCUAGAUGUUGGCAAUUUAAUCCGCUAAUCCUACAGCACAGUUUGAUCCGUUUGCAAAAGGAAGCUCGAAAUAUUUCCAUUGCGGUCGUGUCUUAGACCACCACCAUUUUAUCUUAUGAAAUUUGAGUCAAGACGGUAUUUUUUUACAUCGGAAUUGCUUUUUGAAGCAUUUCUGACAAGUGGAAUUGGAGUUGCAUAUUCACUAUGUAAAAUGAAAGCAUUUUAAAUGAGACGGAAACCUUGCAUGCUUGAACCAUUUAAUUUUUGACGUAGGACUACGUCUUUCAUUUCUAUACCGGGGUGUAGAAUCAAGAUUUCGAAAAGGAAAGCGUUACGCCGGAGACCGAGAUUUUGAGCGUUAAUAGCUCCUAAACAACUGAACGCUUCAUUCGAAAGAUAAAAUGUCUACGCGUUUUAUACUUGUUACUUUUUGAUCCAAAAACUUGUUUCAAUAGUCUUAAAAUUGCUUUCAAAGCAGGCUAUUGAAAUCACCAAUCAGUAUAUAACCGAGCGCCGCUCGAAAAUCCACUCAGUUCUAAUUGAACAGCGAUUGGAGCAUGUUGUCGCUGUUGUGGUGAAGCUCUUCGUUUAUCAGCGCUUUCAGCUGAUGAACGGUGUCACCAAGAGCCUGUUUGUGCACCUUAGGCCAGACAUGAAUCCAUCAGGAGGAGAGUGAUGCCACAAACGGUUCCCCGGGAAGAUCUCGAAGCAGCCGCUACACACACACACAUACACGCGCGGAAUUAUUUCCGUUUGGAUGCCAUUCAGCAUCGAGAAAGAUCCGGAAAAUAAUCUGCCAGUUCCUCUUGGAAUUUAAAAUUACAUUCAUGUGAAAGAGUUUAUUUUGAUGUUUCCUAUCCAUGUAACACUGUGACCAAAUAUUUUUCAAUCAAGUGCUAUUAACAGAUGGUUAUCGAUUUAGCAUUAACCACUGGUGGGCUUCCAGUAUCGAGGAAAAUGUGGAAAUAUCUAAUCGUUACUGAAAAUAAUCUGCCAGUUCCUCUGGGAAUUUAAAAAUACAUUCAUGUGAAAGAGUUUAUUUUAAUGUUUUCUAUCCAUGUAACACUGUGACCAAAUACAUUUGGUUUUGUGAUUUUUUAAUCAAUCGCAAUUAACAGGAUAGCUUCUGAAUAUUAUUCUUCCCCAUUAGUAGGAUAUUUUCUUAUCCAAUAUUGGAUGCAUAAAACCAUGUACCUCCAACGUAACGCUCUCGUUUCCGAAGUCCCUCAAAUAUUCAUUUAUUCAUUCAUUCAGAAUGGAUUCAGAUUUAACUUCAAACAAAGGAUCACUGAAUCAACGAUAGUCGUACGUUACCAUUGCGGUUAUACCAUAGAUAUAACCCACUUUCUGUUUUUGUCACUAUUAUUGGCAUUCGUGUUCUUAAUUGUGGCUUUUCAACGAAGCUCUGAACACGACUGAAUCAGACGGUGCUUAGAGGUGGAAUGCCACUGAGGGAACUGCCUUCUGCAAGAUCAUAUUUGAGCAAACGAGCAUUUGAGCAUUUGAGUGAAUUAUUCAGAAUAACAUUUAAUCGACAAACUCUGCCUGGAAUAGGCUCCUUUCGUCAGAGCGAAAAACUGAAAUUUAAAAAAUUGGAAAAAGUACUAUUAUCUCAUAGGAAUUUGAAUCUUUUUUCCUCUAGUCAUGAAAAAGGCAAAAAAAGCAAGAGCCAAACAAAAAUUUAUCUUCUAUAUUCGUCACAUUGUUUACUUGUCUUACUAUUUUUAAUAUGUAUGUUUUAGGUAAAAUAAAACUAGAAGUGGGUUGUAUCUGUGAUAUAACCGCAAGGUAAACGUAGGACUACCGCUGGCUCUGUAAUCAUUUGUUUGUAAUUGCAUCUGAAUCAAUUCUCACUGGAUGAAUAAAUAAUAAUUAUUUCUAAA